AUGCUUAUCUAUGUUGAUGAUCUCUUGAUCACUGGGAAUGAUAACUCCAUGAUUGAAGACUUGCAAGUUACUCUCCAUCAGAAUUUUAAAAUGAAGAACUUGGGUACUCUUAAGUACUUUCUUGGAAUUGAAAUUUCUAGAUCAAAAGAAGGUAUCAUCAUGAAUCAAUGGAAAUAUGCUCUGGAACUUAUUGCUGAUCUUGGUUUACUUGAUGCAAAACCUGCGCAUACACCCUUGGAGCAGAAUUUAAAGCUGACAAGUUUGGAGUAUGAUGCUGCACUGGAUAUUCAUGAUACUAGUACGGAAUUAACGGAUGCGAGUGUCUAUCAACGACUCAUUGGGAGACUCUUAUAUCUCACCAACACUAGACCAGAUAUUGCUUUUGGGGUCCAACACCUUAGUCAGUUUAUGCACAAGCCAAAAUGGGAACAUUAUGAAGCUGCUUUACGUAUUGUGCGAUACCUUAAAAAAAGUUCAGGUCAAAGUAUUUUUCUUUCCUCUGAAGGCACCACUGACAUCCAAGCCUACUGUGAUUCUGAUUGGGCCUCUUGUCCCAUGACUCGCAAGUCCGUCACCGGAUAUUGCGUCAAACUAGGCAAUUCCCUGGUUUCCUGGAAAUCAAAAAAACAGACCACUGUGUCUCGCUCAUCUGCAGAAGCCGAAUACCGAAGCAUGGCCACUACUGUCGCAGAGUUAGUCUGGUUAAAGGGUUUAUUAGCUGAGUUGGGUUUUCAUGUUUCCAAACCUAUGUUGCUACACUGUGAUAAUCAGGCUGCCCUUCAAAUAGCUUCGAAUCCUGUCUUUCAUGAACGGACCAAGCAUAUCGACAUUGAUUGUCACUUUGUUCGUGAAAAAAUUCAAACGGGCGACGUCGUCACACACCAUAUUUCUACAAAUGAGCAAGUGGCCGAUUUGCUUACUAAAGGCUUAGGAAUUUCUCAGCAUCAAUACUUAGUGUCCAAGUUGGGACUGAAAGAUAUUUUUCAUCCGCCAACUUGA